AAACCAGCGUAUAUAAUGAAAGGCCUUAGGCUUCGAGUUCGGCCUCUCCAACUUCAGAUUUCUCUCUCGUCAGAAGAAAAAAAAAUGGGGAAUAUAAGAGCACGUACUAGAGAGUGUGGCAGUCGACGAAAGGUUAGAGCAUCUCAUCGUGCUGCUGCUGCUGCUGCUGUACCUGAGGGCGGUGAAGACCGGAUCCUCCAGAUGUUGGAGCGGUUGAUGAACUCCGUGGACCAGCUUCGGGAGGAGAUAGCCAUGGGCUUUGAACGUAUGGACAACCGAUUUGAUGACAUACAUGCCCUUGUUCAACGUAUGGGCCAGAGAUCAGCCGCAGGAGAGUCGUGGGUAUCUGCUCUGCCCGGUCCAAGCUUCAGGCCGUUCCCUCCAGCAGACCGUUCGAGCUAGAUUAGGGAGGGACUUUAUCGUUUUGAUGUGUGUGUAGCUCGUUUUUAUAUUUUGCUUUGCUAUAGUUGAUUUUGGACAUCAGAUGUAAAUAUUGGAUGACGACGUUAUCUAUAGGUUAUAUAUCUGCCUCAUUUUCAUACA